GUUAAAUAUGCACUGUCUUUUUCAAAUGGGGACCCUCAUAUGUAUACUUUAGUUUUUUUUUUUAUUAUUAAUUUGUUUCCUGUUACCAAAGAAUGAGACCAGUUGCUUUAUUUUUUAAAUUUUUUUAUAUGCUUUGAGGUUUGGCAAGUUUCGUAGUCACUUUAUUGUUUGUGUUUAAACAAUUAGGUAGACAAAGCUAUACUUUCUCUCUUAAGUUAAGAUAUGGUGGUAGGAUAAAAUCAAUGUAACCCACUUAAAUACUUAGGAGGGAAAGUGACUACAUUUUCUGACAUGGACUCUGAUGAAUGGGAAAUAAUGACACUUAGGGAAAAGGUUGUAGAAUUAGGUUUUUAUAAGGAUGAUAAUCUGAGGUUUUUUACUUUGGGUGAGAAAGGACUAUUUGAGUUCAUGACAAAUUUAGAGACAUGGAACUUAGUAAACAAUGUGGUUAGAACUAAAGUUGUAGAGAUAUGGGUAAUCCUAGGGGUUAGUGGGGAUGAUGCAGAUGUAGCUGGAGAUGUAGAUAGAGAUACUGAUGAAGAAGGAGAAGGUGUUGGGGGUAGUUCAGAUGGGUCUGAUUGGGAAGAAGGGGAAUCUGCAAAUGAGUUAGAGGAGUUUGAGGGAAGUGAGUAUGAAAAUGACAAGGGUGAUGACCAAGAGUUUGUUAAGCAUGUUGAUCCCCAGGUUGAGUAUGGAGGGGUUCAAGUUCCUAUAAAUGUUGAGGCUGAAAUGCAUGUUGAUCCCUAGGCUGCUGAUGCAUUGAAUCUGUCAGAUGAUGGGGCUGAAUUUCAAACUACUGCUAGGCUUAUUCCUCAGUUACCAUCUCCACUAUGGUUGGGUAGGACAUUUAGUAAAAAAGUGGAGUUCAAAGAUGCAGUGAAGGCAUAUGCAAUCCAGUAUGGCAAGGAGUUGAAAUUCAAGAAGAAUGACAAAGUGAGGCGUGUUGCUAAGUGCAUGCAAGAGGCUUGUAAGUGGCAGGUUACUUGUAGAAUUGAUAAGGAUGAAUAGAACUGGCAGAUAACUACUUUUAAUGACAGUCAUGGAGGUUGUCCUUGGGUUCAUGACAACAAGUUUGUGACCUCCUCUUUGAUAGCAAAAAGAUGGAAAAAUAAAGUAGGUGGGAACAGUAAUUGGACACUUAGGGAGUGCAGAAAACAAGCUAGUAACUGGUCUGAAACUUUGAGUGCAGAAAACAAGCUAGUGUUUGAGUGCAGAAAACAAGCUAGUAACUGGCCAGGGCUGUUAUGUCCCGUCAUAGCAAAAAAAGUAGAAGUGUUUGAAAAAAAAGCAGGAGGAUAUUGGGCUUAUCAAAGUGAUGAACACUUGUUUGAGGUAAAAGGACCAAUGACCAACACCAAGUGGAUCUCAAUGCAAAGACAUGCUCUUGUAGAAAGUAGGGAUUGACAGGCAUACCAUGUAGGCAUGUCAUAUCUACCAUUUGGAUGAAGAAAUUGUCAGUUUAUGACUAUGUAGAAUCAUGUUACAAGAUUGAAACAUAUCUGAAGACAUAUGGUGGUUGUAUUCACCCAAUGGCUGGGUCUCAUGAUUGGCCAGUUAGUAAUAGACAACCUCCACCUCUACCUCUCUAUACUGCCAAAAUAGGGAGGCCAAAGAAACUCAGGAAGAAAUCAGCUGAUGAAUCAAAAAGGUCAGAAACACAUCUGACUAGAAAACUUGUCACUCUUCACUGUUCAAAAUGCAAACAAAAAGGCCAUAAUAUUAGGAGGUGUCCUCAGCUAGCACAUAAUGCAAGGGCAGUGCAGGGAGAGGGAGGUGCUAUGGUAGAACAGGUUGUGGUAAAACAAGUUGUGGCUGAACAGGUUGUGGCAGAACAGGUUGUAGCAGAACAAGUUAUGGCAGAUCUGAAUGUAGUAGCAGAACAAGUUAUGGCAGAACAGGUUGAAGGGAAUGCACAGGGAGGCCAGAGAGAGGCUGCGGCAGAGGAAAUUCCAGUGAAUACUCAACCAUUUGAAGAACUUACAGAUGAUGAGCUACUUAGACUCUUUGACUGUCCAAUCUUAGGAAUUCCAAAUAUAGGUUUUCAUUAUGUUAGAGUUGAUCCAUUAUUGAAUGUUGGAGACAAUAUUAUUGCAAAUUCUCUAACCAAUGCUCAGAACAUGGCAAUUAAUACUAGUCAAAUGGAGAUCACACCAUCAAGUAUUUUAUGUUACUUGUUUAGAAUUUUUAAAUGUCAUUUAUGUUUAGGAAUUGUCUGUUUAGCCCACUUACAAUUACUUGGUAAUUUACUUUGUAUAAGUCAAUUACAGUUUGAGGAAAUGGAUAACACAUCACAGCAGCAGGAACAAAAGUAAAAAAAUAGAAAGCACAAAUCAAA